AUGUCAACCAUUAAUAUAUCACCUACACCUGAUCAAUCCCAUCCAUUGUCCUUUACAAAUUCAUCGCGACAAUCAGCUGACAAUGACAAACGAGAUUCACAAGCAAAUGAUGCUUUUCUACAAUAUCUUUUCAUUAAAAACCCUAUUAAUCAACAACGUAAUUUUAGACAAUCUAAUACAAAUUUUGCAACAUCCAUCGGUUCGAUAGUCGAUCGAGCACCGUCAAAUUUAUUCGAACUGAAACAACAACGUAUACUAGCAGCUGCUGAUCGUAAAAAACGUAUUAUUGCACGUAUUGUUAGUAUUGUUGGACUUUUCAUUAUUAUUCUAUGUGCAGCAAUUGUAACAUUAACACUUAAAAUGGCACCUAAAAUCGAUGAACUUGUACGUAAUAAAGUUGGUGCACACCAAUCGAUGCAUAUUGUAUCCAGAAUGGACACACCUCCACGAACAACAACUGUCAUAGGAACAGCUAUACGUCAAUAUAAUUCUACGCAAAAUGGAUCUGUCAUAGAGCGAAGCGUGUUUCGAACUUGA